AUGCCCAGAGCCCCAUGCAGAAUGAACCCUGUGACAAAGCUCAGGCUCCUGAGACUCUGGGGACUUCCUGGCCAGGGAAGCCCAGCUCAGUCCUCACCAGGAAACUACUCUUCUUCCCUGAGCCUGCCCGUAGGCUGCUAGAAUUCCACCUCCAGAAGCAGUUGAUUCACCAUCGCUGGGGCUUGCCCCAGAAGAUCCAGCAGUCCAUCCAGCUGCUCCUCUCCUCCAAUGACCAGCAGACCCUGUCCUGGGGCAGCACAGCCCUCACCAGUAUGAGCGUCGCUCCUUCUACAGCUCUACAGGCCAGUGAGGCCGGGGACCUGCUCUCACCAAUUGUGGCCCCAGUGUUGAUCCCCAUGCCGUGCUUUUUUGCCCAAGCAAAGGCAAUAUUGAAGAGCCACAUUGACUCCAAAUGUGGACAGAUCCUCCAGGGCAAGAUCCCUGCCCAGGUAUACAGCUCCUGGGACCACAGAAUUACUGGGAACCUGGCAAUGGCUCCCCUCUUCUGCAUUCCAGAAAGCCAGCCCCUGGAACUGCAAGCAGCAAGUGACCCUGACCUACAUCAUCAAGUUAUGCCCUGGAAGCCCAUGGCCCCUGAUCUGCAGCAGCAGGCCUUACCAAGUGCUGCUGCUGAACAUCCUAAGCUGACCCAACCCCUGUCUGAAGGAGCCAUUGAGAAACUGGAGACGACUCUACGGCACAAGUAUCUGGCCUUUCUGUCAGGGCUGCCUUCUCUCUACUAUGUGGCUCUCUCCAGAGCUGUGGCCCCGGCAAGCAACAGCCAGUCAGUAAACGCAGAGAGGGUACCUGGGCCUGGGCCUAUCGAAAUCUCAGCACAGCCCCCGACUCAGAUGAUCCCAUCUGAAGAACAGUGUAAGAGUCCUGGGCCAUGCCUUCAGGAUGAUGAGACUUGUACAGACAUUACAGAAGAUGUCCAGCAUGAAGUGCAGGUGGAUGGAACAAUGGAGACAGUGCUUCUAGAAAGCUACAUACAUCCUGUCAGACCCCGCUCAUUCAGUACACAUAUCUUGAUCAAGCUCAAUUUUCACCUGAGAAAAAAAGGCUUAGAGAUACAACUGGGAAUUCCCAUAAGGGCACGGGAGUCCAUGGAACAAACUGCAGCAGUCCCAGAGAACAUAUCCACACAAGAGUCCCUUGGGGGUCUAAACAACCAAGAAAACCCACUGCUCCAAGAACUGCCCAUUGGAUUAGACACAUCUCAUGCCACAGAUCCAGAGUGGAUCCACUGUAAAGAACAGCUGGCCACUGAGUUGAAGGCAGUGAAGCAGAAUCAAAAUCAACCUGUUUCUAAAACAGUGCCCUGUGGCUCUGCUCAGUGGGCCUCCAAGAUCUCUCAACCCACUGGGGAUAUGAUAGACACCCAUGUCCUUUGUGUUCAGGUGGAGUCCAGUGUGAAG